CUCACUCACUCACUCUCUCAUUCUGUUUCUGCUCUCUCACUCCCUCUCUCAUUCCUCCACACUGCUAACAACAUGGCUGAGGCAUUCGCAGGCACAUGGAACCUGAAGGACAGCAAGAACUUUGACGAAUACAUGAAGGCUCUGGGUGUGGGCUUUGCAACACGCCAGGUUGGCGGUAUGACCAAGCCCACCACCAUCAUCGAGGUAGCUGGAGACACAGUCACUCUGAAGACACAGAGCACCUUCAAGAACACCGAGAUCUCCUUCAAACUAGGAGCGGAGUUCGACGAGACCACCGCCGAUGACAGGAAAGUCAAGUCCCUAAUAACGAUAGACGGUGGUAAGAUGGUUCACGUGCAGAAGUGGGAUGGCAAGGAGACCACUCUGGUCCGUGAAGUCAGCGGCAACGCCCUCGAACUGACUCUGACUCUGGGUGAUGUCGUCUCCACACGCUCCUACGUCAAGGCCGAGUGACAACAUUCCCCAAAAAACUGCACUACCCUUUGCCACACCUGCCCCCAAAAACAACCCUACCACUG